CGUUAACGUAACACAACACGACUGUCGUCCUACUACUACCCGCGUCGUAGCGGUCAGAGAUUCAAUAACAUUUCUGAAGUUACUAACGCGUUUAGGCGGUACAUUUUAAAAAUUCGCUAUUUUACUAUGGAUCGAAUUGUAAUGACGUUGGUUUUUAAGUUUUUACUCACAAAAUGAAUUGAUUUGUUAGCGUCAGUUCCAGGUCGUUGGCAAGUUAUACUCUCGAACUUCUUAAACACGACGAAGGUUAUCCGCACACAUUUUCAUGGAGAGCGUCGCGUGUCCACUUUGCUGCGAGGACAGGUUUUCCAACCAAGACUUAUUAAAAUAUCAUUUAUUAAGUUUGACCACAAAUAUUCAGUGUCCUUUUUGUGGAAAACAGUGCGAUGACAUCAACUCAUUGGUCGCACAUUUGGAUAAAAUUUGCACCGACAAGGAAGAUGAAGUUGAGAAAUCAAUGCAAGACAACGAUGAAAUGAUCGUAGUAUAUCCAGAUGACGAUGAACCGGAACCAGAUAAUGAGGUUGGAGAAUACGAUAACCUUGUGGGAGAAGAAGAUUAUCAGAAUGAUGAGCGGCAAACUGAAACUGAUGCAGAAACUGGAGUUAAAAAAUUUAUUGAAGAAUUUACAAUUGAUGAUCCGACUAAAACAUUACGUCAAUCAGAAACAGUAGAAACAGAAAUUCUUGAAGAACCAAAUCUUUAUCACUGUUCUGAAUGCAAUAUAAAUUUCCCAUCAAUUGAAGAACACAUAAAUAAUUGUCACAAAGGUCAAGAAGUUGUAUUUCAGGUAAAUGAAAAUGAUAACCCCAAUAAUGUAUUAAAAGAUAUUCCUGAUCCCAUUGGUGAACAAAAUCCUGAGAGAGGAACUUGGAUCAAAUGGGGAAAUGGCUACUUUUUUACAAACCAUAAAGACGUGGCAAUGAAGCAUUUGGUUAAUAUUAAAUCAGGAGAAACAACAACUAUGAAAACUAUUUCAGAAGAUUUUGUUGAAGUAAUAAAAGAUGAAAAUACAAAAAUUAAAAGCGAAGCGUAUCAAAAUCAUACUAGCAUGUUUUCUUCUAAUAUUUAUUCAAAUCAUUGUAUUACGGAUUCAUAUGGCGAUCGGUAUUUUGAUAUUCCCGUUUAUUUACUUCAUCAAGUAGCUGUAGCUGAUAAAGUUAAUGAUUAUUUCCAAGUCGAAGCCCGUAAAUUAAGUUUCAAGAAGCGAAUCCGUGUUAUACGACUAAAAUCUGAUAUUAAUCAAUUUGAUAUUGAGCAAAUAUUAUUUCAAAAUAAACCAACUAAUUGCAACAUUAUUCCAAUUUUAGAAAAAUCAUCUGAAUGCAAUGAUUACUCUCAAUUAGAAAAUUUGGAGAAUUGUUUAUUAUUAACUUGGAAGUGUAUAGCAUGUAAUGUUAAAUCUGACCAUUGGUCCAAGUUAAACAAACAUAACUGCAUAGAAGAUGAUGCAACAAUACCUAAAUCUAAAAAAAAUGUUGAUAGUAAAAAUCCAGCUAUUCGUAAUAAUAGUCGCACAGUUCCUAAUAUUCGAUCAAAACAUAUUUGCCCACAUUGUGGUGGAGAAUUUGAUUCAGAAGGUUAUUUAAGAACACAUCUUAUGGUACAUGUAAAUGAUUCAAAUAAAUGUCCAUUUUGUGAUCAACCAGUAGCACCUGAAAUGAUGGACACACAUUUAAUUGCUCAUCAAAAUCCUGAAUUUUCUAAUCUAAAAUUUUUAUGCAAUACGUGUAAUAAAUGUUAUGAUUCGGAAUUUCGUCUCCGGUGUCAUCAAAGAGCACAUGAAAUGCGACGUAAACCACGUGAAAUAUUAAUUUGUGAUGUUUGUGAUGCUACUUUUAUUGAUAAAAACUCAUUGAAACAUCAUGCCAUCACACAUAUUGAACCUCCUGAACGUUUACGCCGAUUACACGAAUGUCGUUUCUGUGGAAAAACUUUUGUUAAACCUAUUGAAAAAGUAAACCACGAAAGAGUGCACACUGGCGAGAAACCUUUUGCCUGCCCAGUAUGUGGCCGUUGUUUCAGACUCAAGGAUCUCGUACAAAAACAUAUGCGUGUACAUACCAAAGAACGCCCUUACAAAUGCCGUCAUGAAGGUUGUGAUAAAACAUUCAGUGCAUCAAGCAGUAGAGUUAAUCAUGAACAAGGCCAUUCCGGUAUCAAGCAGUUUAAAUGUUUUUAUUGUCCUAGAUAUUUUAAAAAUUGGGUGUCAAGAAGUAAUCAUGUCCAAGAGCAUAUGGUUCAGCACAAAUGUGACAUUUGUGAUCGUUCUUUUGUGUCAUUUUGUAACUAUAAGAAACAUUUGAAAAUGCAUGCAGAGGGACGGCUCAAAUUCAGUUGUAUGUUAUGCCGUCAGGCAUUUGGAAGACAACUGUUUUUAGAUAACCAUCUAAGUAAGGAACAUGAAAUCAAAUCAAAUAAAGAAGAAAACAUAACUGAAUAAUUUUUAAUUUUAUAUAAAAAAUAUUAUAAAAUUUUAGUGAAAAUAACUAAAUAUAAUUU